AUGACGGUAAGCAGCUAUGACAGCAGCUAUGCCAGUAGCUAUGACAGCAGCUAUGACAGCAAGCAGCUAAACUUCAUCUUCCUAGAGAGUGCCACUGAUCAACAGACCAGUGCCACUGAUCAACAGACCAGUGCCACUGAUCAACAGACCAGUGCCACUGAUCAACAGACCAGUGCCACUGAUCAACAGACCAGUGCCACUGAUCAACAGACCAGUGCCACUGUACAACAGACCAGUGCCACUGUACAACAGACCAGUGCCACUGAUCAACAGACCAGUGCCACUGAUCAACAGACCAGUGCCACUGAUCAACAGACCAGUGCCACUGAUCAACAGACCAGUGCCACUGAUCAACAGACCAGUGCCACUGAUCAACAGACCAGUGCCACUGAUCAACAGACCAGUGCCACUGAUCAACAGACCAGUGCCACUGAUCAACAGACCAGUGCCACUGAUCAACAGACCAGUGCCACUGAUCAACAGACCAGUGCCACUGAUCAACAGACCAGUGCCACUGAUCAACAGACCAGUGCCACUGAUCAACAGACCAGUGCCACUGUACAACAGACCAGUGCCACUGAUCAACAGACCAGUGCCACUGUACAACAGACCAGUGCCACUGUACAACAGACCAGUGCCACUGAUCAACAGACCAGUGCCACUGAUCAACAGACCAGUGCCACUGAUCAACAGACCAGUGCCACUGAUCAACAGACCAGUGCCACUGAUCAACAGACCAGUGCCACUGAUCAACAGACCAGUGCCACUGAUCAACAGACCAGUGCCACUGAUCAACAGACCAGUGCCACUGAUCAACAGACCAGUGCCACUGAUCAACAGACCAGUGCCACUGAUCAACAGACCAGUGCCACUGAUCAACAGACCAGUGCCACUGAUCAACAGACCAGUGCCACUGAUCAACAGACCAGUGCCACUGUCCAACAGACCAGUGCCACUGUCCAACAGAUCAGUGCCACUGAUCAACAGACCAGUGCCACUGAUAAACAGACCAGUGCCACUGAUCAACAGACCAGUGCCACUGUCCAACAGACCAGUGCCACUGAUCAACAGACCAGUGCCACUGAUCAACAGACCAGUGCCACUGUCCAACAGACCAGUGCCACUGUCCAACAGACCAGUGCCACUGAUCAACAGACCAGUGCCACUGAUAAACAGACCAGUGCCACUGAUCAACAGACCAGUGCCACUGUCCAACAGACCAGUGCCACUGAUCAACAGACCAGUGCCACUGAUCAACAGACCAGUGCCACUGAUCAACAGACCAGUGCCACUGAUCAACAGACCAGUGCCACUGAUCAACAGAUUAGUGCCACUGAUCAACAGACCAGUGCCACUGAUCAACAGACCAGUGCCACUGAUAAACAGACCAGUGCCACUGAUCAACAGACCAGUGCCACUGUCCAACAGACCAGUGCCACUGAUAAACAGACCAGUGCCACUGUCCAACAGACCAGUGCCACUGAUCAACAGACCAGUGCCACUGAUCAACAGACCAGUGCCACUGAUCAACAGACCAGUGCCACUGGCAUGCAUUCUCAACAAAAUUCUGAAAAAAAACUCAUAGAGGGUUAA